AUGAAGGCGCUGCGCAUCCACGGCAAAGAGGAUCUCCGUCUGGAGGAUAUUCAGACUCCACCAUGUGGUGAUGGCCAAAUCAUGAUAAAGCCAGCUUGGUGCGGAAUCUGCGGCACUGAUCUCCAUGAGUACAUGGGCGGUCCUUCGCUGUGUCCAACAACCCCCCAUCCGAUCACUAAUGAGACUGUGCCUUUGACCAUUGGCCACGAAUUCAGUGGCAUCAUCGAGGAGCUUGGAAAAGACGUUUCAGACAAAUAUACACUGGGCCAAAGAGUGGUUGUACAGCCAAUCAUCUAUUGCGGAGAGUGUGGAUCUUGCCAGGAUGGCAUCCCAAACUGCUGCGACAAGAAUGGAUUUGUAGGACUCUCGGGCUGGGGAGGAGGACUAGCUGAACACAUCGUUGUUCCAGAGUACUGCGUAGUGCCCGUGCCUGACAAUGUGUCCUUGGAGAUAGCGGCGCUUGUGGAGCCCUUAGCCGUCGCCUGGCACGCGGUCAACAUGUCUCCAGUCAAAGACUUCAGAAAAGGCCAAUUCGCAUUGAUCCUUGGUGGAGGUCCGAUCGGUCUUUCCGUUAUUCAAGCUCUUCGAGCACAUGGUGAUGGAACCAUCAUUGUCUCAGAAGUCUCUACCAAACGCAAGGCUUUUGCAGAGGAUUUUGGUGCUGAUUUUAUAUUGGAUCCCACGAAAGACGAUAUACCGGAACGUUGCAAGGACAUCUGCGGAGGUGUUCGUGGAGUGGAUUGUGUGUUUGACGCAGCUGGUGUUCAAGCUGGACUCGAUUCUGCGGUGCUUGCGAUGAGGGCUCGUGGUACUCUUGUCAACAUUGCUAUUUGGGAGAAAGAUGCCAGGAUCAUUCCUAACCAAUUCGUCUUCCGAGAGAAGACGUACAAGGGUGUCGCUACAUAUGUUCUCGGAGAUUUCGACGAAGUUCUCCAGGCAAUCAGCUCUGGCAGGAUGAAGCCAGAAAAGAUGAUAACGAAAAAGGUCGAGCUCAAAGACGUGAUCGCAGAAGGUUUCUUGACCUUGCUGAAAGACAAAGACAACCACGUCAAGGUUCUGAUCAAGUCAAAUCAUGUCGAGUGA